AUGGCUGUCACUCAGAACAUUGUCGCUGCUUCGCAGAAGCACCCCAUCGUGCCCCUCCCGGAGGGCAAGCAGUACACCUAUGGAACUGCAGGUUUCCGUAUGAAGGCCGACCUGCUCGAGGGAAUCACAUUUCGCGUCGGGCUUCUCGCAGCCCUGCGAAGUCGCAAGCUCAAUGGUCAAGCCAUCGGUGUCAUGAUCACGGCCAGCCACAACCCCGCCGCUGACAAUGGUGUCAAGGUCGUGGACCCAAUGGGUGAAAUGCUCGAGCAGGACUGGGAGGCCCACGCCACCGUGCUGGUCAACGCUGCUUCGGACCAAGACCUUGCGACCACAUACGAGCGACUCGCCGCAGACCUCAAGAUCGACCUUUCCAACCCUGCCAAGGUCAUCUAUGGCCGCGACACCCGCCCUUCUGGCCACAAGCUGGUCGGAGCCCUCGCGGAUGCGCUCGAGUCGGUCGGCGCCGAGCACGUCGACUACAAGAUCCUCACCACUCCCCAGCUCCACUACCUGGUUCGCUGCACAAAUACAGAGGGCACGCCCAAGUCGUACGGUGAAGUGAGCGAGGUCGGUUACUACCAGAAGCUUGCCGAGGCCUUCAUCAGGGCCUUGAACAAGAAGCCUAUAAAAGAGCCCCUCCAGGUUGAUUGCGCCAACGGCGUAGGCGGGCCUAAGCUGUCCGAGUUCCUCAAGCAUCUGAGAAAGCUGGAGCAGGAACAGGGUCUGGAGAAGCUCAUCGAUGUCAAGGUGGUCAAUGACGACGUUCUCCGGCCCGAGCUGCUGAACCUUGAUUCAGGUGCAGACUUUGUCAAGACCAAGCAACGUGCUCCACCCUCGCCACCGCCUAUUCCAGGUCUGCGUUGCUGCUCAUUAGACGGCGAUGCCGACCGCGUUAUCUACUACUGGGAAGACCCAGACACUGGCUUUGCCAUGCUGGACGGUGAUCGCAUCUCUUCGCUGUGCGCCUCAUUCCUGGUUGACCUCGUGGGCGCAGCCAGACUUGAGGAUGAGCUGCGAAUUGGCGUGGUACAGACGGCGUACGCCAACGGCGCCAGCACACAGUACAUCAAGCAACACCUCAAGCUGCCGGUUGUCUGCACCCCUACCGGUGUCAAGCACCUGCACCACGCUGCUUGCAACUUUGAUGUGGGCGUCUAUUUUGAGGCCAACGGCCACGGCACCGUUGUCUUCUCAACCGAGGCUAUGCGGCUGUUCCGCGAGACUGAGCCUCAAUCUCCUGCGCAGAAAGACGCUCUCGAGAGGCUUGCGGCCUGCGCCGAUCUCAUCAACCAGACUGUUGGUGAUGCCAUCUCGGAUAUGCUCAUGGUCGAGGUCGUUCUCUCCCACAACUCGUGGACCAUGCGGGAUUGGGCCAUGACCUACACCGACUUGCCCAACAGGCUCGUCAAGGUUGAGGUAAACGACAAGGAUGCUUUCCGCACAACGGACGCCGAGAGGAAGCUCUCGCACCCCCCUGGUGCCCAGGAGGAGAUUGAUCAGGUGGUCAAGAAGUAUAAGUCGGCAAGGGCAUUUGCCAGAGCGUCGGGGACGGAGAACGUCUGCCGGGUCUACGCCGAAGCAGCGACCAAGACGGAGGCCGAAGAACUGGCGAACCACGUCAAGCGCAUCAUCGCCACGUAUGGCGGCUCCAGCAUCUAG